AUGGGGAAUAAUGCAACAUUUCUCCACUUUAUGCAUCGAUUCAUUUUCUGGAUUCUUUUCGCAAUGGUGACUUGCUUCGUUUUACGAAUACUAAUAGUGUUGGAUCUCAACAAACGAAUAUACAACCAUACGCCCGGUCCAUGCAGAGUGUUAACUGAAAAAUACAAAGGAACUGCUGGCUUGACUUUUGUGGAAUCCCAGAAGAGAGUUUACGUUACUCUUGGAUAUGGAAAAUCCCAUAAUAUGACUACAAAAACUGGAAUUGCAUUUUAUAAUACAAAUAGGACAGAUGGGAGGAGUCAACAGGAAAUGCAUGAUUUGAUAGAGAUGACAAUUAACUGGAAUGGUUACGAACAUCAGAAUCUCUUCAUUCCAACUGGAAUUGAUUCUUUCUCAUCUUCAAACGGUCGUAUUCUUCUUUAUGUCAUAAAUGCUCACCCGGAUCAUCAAUGUAUUCAUUUCUUCCAAGUGGACAAUCAAAAGUUAAACCAUCGAAAAUCAGUUUGUGAUUCUUCGUUUACUAGUUUACAAGAUCUAGCGGUCGUUGGGCCAGAUCGGAUAUUCUUCACAAAUAUGGCCGCAUUUGGAAGAGGAUGGGCUCAAGUAGUGGAGUUUGCCUUGCAGACGGGUCAAGGAGUUGUGUAUUACUACGACGGUUCAAAACUUUCGAUUGCUGCUCCAACUGUAAAUGCACCAACUGGAAUCGGCUAUGAUUCGAAGAGAAGAAUUUUGUAUGUGGGAUCUUUAAUUAGAGAAUCCUUACUCGCCUACAAAGUCGCCAAGGACAUGUCUCUGGACUCAAUGUAUGAAAUGAUGUUGCUCACUUCUCCGAUUGGUUUAUUCGUUGAAUCGAAAUCUGGAGACGUCUGGAUUGCUGCCCAUCCGGUUCUGCAUGAAUCCGCGUGGCAUUAUUCAAAUCCAGAGAGGAAAAAUGUUCAUUCGUCGAGUCAAGUUUUAAGGAUCAGGAUACAGGAAGAAGGAAAUUCAUGGGUAACAACGGAACCGUAUGCAAAUGAUGGAGCAACAAUUUCGGCGAGUUCUGCAAUUGCUUAUACGGAUGAUCAAAUGAUAAUUGGAAGCUCGUUUGGUCGAUUAUUGCACUGCGAUUUGACGAAUUCUCAUAUUACAUAA